AUAGAAGAAGAAGAAACACACGUGAUUCGCGCUAACUGGAAGCAAGAUGGCGGUGGUGGUGCGGAGCUUGCAAGACCAGCUCGAAAAAGCUAAGGAAAGCUUAAAAAGUGUGGACGAUAAUAUUCGUAAAUUAACCGGACGUGAUCCUAAUGAAUCCAGACCGGGUCAGAUCCGUCGGCUCGGCGGCCCCCUGGCAGGCCCCGGUGGAGGAGGUAGAGGCAGAGGAAUCAACCUGCUCAGGCGUAGUCUCUCAGACAUUGGAGGCGGCGGCCCCCCUGCCAAGCAGAGGGACAUUGAAGGAGCCCUGCUGAGGCUGGCGGGGGACCAGAGGGCCAGGAGAGAUGCGCGUCACGACAGCGACGCCGAGGAUGAUGACGAUGUCAAAAAGCCGGCGUUGCAGUCGUCUGUAGUAGCUACCUCUAAGGAGAGAACACGCCGAGACCUCAUUCAAGAUCAAACCAUGGAUGAGAGGGGCAAACAGAGGAAUCGGCGAAUGUUCGGCCUGCUGAUGGGGACCUUGCAGAAGUUCAAACAGGAGUCAAACGUCUCUACAGAGAAGCAAAAGCGGCGUACAGAGAUCGAGCAAAAGCUCGAGGUUCAGGCUGAGGCUGAGAGAAAGAAGGUGGAGACUGAAAAGAGGGAGUUGUUUGAAGAGAGGAGAGCCAAACAGACUGAGCUGAGACUGCUGGAACAGAAAGUAGAAUUGGCUCAGCUGCAAGAGGAGUGGACCAGCCACAAUAACCGUCUGGUGAAAUAUAUCCGUACCAAAACCAAGCCUCAUAUCUUCUACCUGCCUGGAAAGAUGUGCUCUGCCACACAGAAACUCCUCGAUGAGUCCACCAAGAAACUAAAUGCUGUAUUUGAGGAGAGGUGCGAGGCUUUUGCUGAACACCUCAGCAAGAUGGAGUCCCGCCCCCGGCGUCAACCAAACCGCGACCAGGAUGGCAACAUGGCAGCAACAGGAAUGGACCGUCCGACGGAGGGUAAGCCCGCAGGUCAGGUAGUCAAGGUGACAGGUAAUAAGGGGGAUGUAGAGAUGGAGGAAGAGGAGGAGGAAGAUGAUGAUGAAGAGGAGGAGAGGGAGAGAGGGCGGGAGAAGGAGGAGAGGGAGAAGGAGGGGGACAGAAAGGUGACAGAGAAAGAUGAGGGGGAGGAAAGGAAGGGAGGGGAGAAGGUGUUGAAGAAGGUGGAGGAAGAGGUAGAGGGGAUGGAGCUGAGGGAGGAGGGGAGUGAGGAGAAGAAAGUAGGAGGUGAGGGGGGUAAAGACAGAGGAGACAGGGAGGAGAAGGGAAAGAAGGAUGCCAGUCCAGACUCUGAUGAGAUUGAAAUGGAGGUGGGGGGUGGGCCUGAGCAGGACAGUAAGGGAGUAGAGGGACAAACAGACAGUAAACAGGCACCCACAGACCUUCAGAAUCAAAAGAGCCAGGAUGCCCAGUCCUCCGAACCAGCUGAAACCAGCCAAGAAGCACCAGAAAGCAGUCAGCCCCAGAUCAGCCUCACCACAGAGGAGCCGGCAGUUCAGCCCUCUGGGGUUCUGGGCCUGGAGAGGAUCCCAGGGUCUCAAACAGCCCCUAGGCAGGAUUUGAUCAUCCCUAGCCUCAGGGACCAGGACUCAGCAGUUCAGGACCCGACAGUGGAAGGAAAACCAGAGGACGAAGCUCCCCAAAAACAACCUGAUACCCAGGAGACCCCCAGCAUCACCCUUGCAACCACUAAGGAUGGAGAGGACGGUGGGAGGGGAAGGAAGAAGGACAAGGAGUCAAGGAAGGGCCGCAGUCAUAGCAACAGCUCCUCCUCUUCCUCCUCUGGCUCCUCUUCCAGUGGAAGCUCCUCCUCCUCUGGAUCGAGUCGCUCUUCUUCGUCGUCUUCAUCGUCUUCGUCCUCUUCAUCCAACAGCAGCAGCCGAAGUCGCAGUCGAGACGGCAAGCGCAAGAGGAGGCCGUCAGAUAGGGGCAGGAAGAAAGGAGAAGAGAGAAGUCACCGCAAGAGAGGAGGGAGUAGCGGUGGAGGGAGAGACUCAAAAGGAUCAAAGGAGAGGAGGAAGAGGAGAAGUGAUGAAGGGAGGGGCAGGUCGUCCCGGAGUGAUAGGGAGCAUAAAGAUAGAGACAGGAAGGACAAGAGGCGCUAAUCUGGUUCUUAUUCAGCCUCCAUAUGGCAACACAGGAAAACACGGAGGGAAAACUAAUUAUUUACUUUGUUAGACAAAAGAUCACAAAGGUUUUUAAAAUCACUUGUCCUUGAAACGCCACAGAAACCUGUUAAAGUUUUAACGUAGGAGGAUUACUAUGGAUGACUGGCUCUAAUUUUCUUAAUUUUCCAUUUACAUGGUGACAAAAAUGUAAACUGGACUUAGAAGUCACAGUAUGUGUGGGGCAACUGUCUCUAAAUGUAAUCCGUUUCCAAAGGGGUUUGAGACAGACGAGACUAUUCAAGACCUCAUUUUAAUCAUUUUAAAUUGAAAUGAUUUAACUUUGGCCUGAUUUGGGUUUUAAAAGGCUAUUUGUGGCACUAUGGAAAGAUGUUGUCGAAUGUUAUGUGACAGUUUAUCCGGCCCAUAAUGCCACAGGCUGGGUAUUGAUAGUCAUGGAAGUGGUAACCAUUAACACACUAGUUGUUUUCAAGUUGAUGUGACAACACUGUUCAUCUUCAUUUAUUUCGACCACUUGAUCAAUGUCGUCCUGAUGUGUGUGUGUGUGAUUUGCUCAAAUUUUGGUUUUGAAAAUGUUUUUUUCAUUUUUUUGUACAAAUUGAAACGGCUUCAAAUUAAAGGUGAGGUAUUAGUCUAA